AGUGGGUAGGAGUCAGGAAAGUGGCUGGGCCAAGACCUGGAGCUGCUGCAUAACAAUAUCUGACAUUUACACAACGAGGCCUCUGCUCCGGACACUGUUCUGAGGCUUGACCCGUCCUUAAGAACCUAGAACAACCCUGUGCUGUGGGUUUUAUCCUUAACUCCAUUAUACAGGCCAGAGAACAGAGCGAGAGUGGAGAUGUUCCACUGGGAAGAAGCCACAUGGCUCUCCGCCAUCCUUCAAGCCAAAAACAAUUCCGAAAAUCUGGGCAGGGGGCGGGCCAGCGAGCAUUUGGGCUCUGCUCCCAGCACCCCCUUCGCGCAGACGACUCGGUAACUGGGCUGCAGGCCCCCGGCUGCGGAGUGCGCAGGCGCGCCUAGGUGGCCGUGGUCCUGGCCUUCUAGAGCUGGAGCGGCCCGCGGAGCUGCGGAGACAGCCAUGGUCGGGGCGCUGUGCGGCUGCUGGUUCCGCCUGGGCGGGGCCCGCCCGCUCAUCCCGUUCGGCCCGACUGUGGUACAGACCUCCAUGAGCCGGUCCCAGGUAGCCCUGCUGGGCCUGGGUCUGCUGCUCAUCUUCCUACUGUAUGUGGGGCUGCCAGGCCCCCCAGAGCAGAAUUCCUGGCUCUGGGGAGACCCCAAUGUCACUGUCCUGGCUGGUCUUACUCCUGGCAACUCCCCCAUCUUUUACCGCGAGGUGCUCCCACUCAACCGGGCACACAGGGUGGAGGUGGUGCUGCUUCAUGGAAAGGCCUUUAACUCUCACACGUGGGAGCAGCUGGGCACACUGCAGCUACUGUCACAGAGGGGCUACCGGGCCGUGGCCCUUGACCUUCCAGGUGAGCACCCCCACCCCUUUGUCUAGGGAAGCCCUAAGGUGUGGCUGGGGGGCAACUGGACCCUAGUGUCUGGACAAGCAGUGGCAGGUCACAACAUGAGGAGGCACCAUGAAAAAGUCUGUGUUUUCAUUUUCCACCACGAAAACUAGUGUGAAUUCUAGGUCACGGAGCAAAUAAAAACUCUUCACAAGCA